AUGAAGAGCAUAGCCACUGUGCCCACAGCAGAAGUGCUUAUAGACACAUGUCUCUCUCGAACAAACAGAAGAACCCCCACCGAAAUACAUAAACACUACCAAAUUGGAAGAAUUAGAGAGUUCUACACACGGAAGGUGAAGUUUACCUCCUCUAUGUACGUGGACAAGCUAAACGACAUUAUUAACUCUUUCCCACGUGUUGACGAGGCGCACCCCUUCACUUCAGAUCUGAUAAACGUGCUGUACGACAGAGACCACUACAAGAUGGCGCUGGGCCACAUUAAGACAGUUGCAUCCUCCAUUGCCCGAACAGAGAAGGAGUACACAAAGCUGAUCAAGUACGGAGACUCUUUAUACAGAUGCAAGCAGCUGAAAAGAGCUGCUCUGGGUAAGAUGUCCACGAUGGCCAAGAAGCUGUCUAAGACUCUUGUGUAUCUUGAGGAAGUCAGACAAAGCAUCAUGCGCAUGCCAGACAUUGAUCCAACCACGCGUACUCUCUUGAUCUGCGGAUACCCAAAUGUGGGAAAAAGCAGCUUUAUGAACACAGUCAGCCGUGCAAAGGUUGAUGUGCAGCCAUAUGCCUUCACCACAAGAAAUCUAUAUGUCGGGCACUUUGACUACAAGUACCUUCGAUGGCAGAUAAUUGACACGCCUGGUGUCCUGGACCACCCCAUUGAAGACAUGAACACUAUUGAAAUGCAAAGUGUGACAGCACUUGCCCACCUGCGUGCAGCAAUUCUGUACUUUAUAGAUAUCAGCGAAACAUGCGGAUACUCGGUAGAGAUGCAGGUUGGUCUUUUUAGGAGUCUUUCUCCUCUGUUUGAGGGAAAGCCUGUGGUGUUUGUGCUAAGCAAGUCUGAUGUCAAGAAGUUUGCAGAGCUGGACAGCGAAAGACAGGCUCUGGUGAGAGAUCUGAUAGGAGACUGCCCAAGUGUGGAGAUAUCUUCGCUUGAGGAGUGCAACGUUGAUCUUGCAAAGAACACAGCAUGCGAGCACCUUCUUACCCACAGAGUGGAGCUGAAGAUGCAGGAGAAGCGGCUGGAGGACUUCAGGAUAUUCCUGGAUAUUAAAAAGCCAAAGAUUGACCCAGAGUACAAGAGAGUUAUGCAGACUGAGGAGUUUGGACAGAGAGAGUUCACACAGAGCGAUCUAAGAAAAAAGGCAGAGGAGCAGGGAAUCAAGUUCUUCUCGGACUUGAAUGCGCAGUACUUUAUAAGAGAUGAGUGGAAGUACAACCCAAUUCCAGAGAUAUUUAACGGAAAGAACAUUGCAGACUAUGUUGACAUAGAUAUAGAAGCCAAGCUCCAGAAGCUGGAGGAAGAGGAGGACUACUACAUGCAGGAGGUGUAUAACAAGGAAUACGCUCUGCUGGAUAAGUCAGAGUGCGAUAAGAAGCAGAGAAUUAUGAACUCAAAGAUUCUCAAGAGACUGAAGGGUCUGGACAGAGAGAGAGAAAGCCUUCCACAGCGCAUGAAGACAACUGCUCUUUGCAAGAAGAGAGAUGCAAUUGCAAGAGAGAGCUCAGCAGCUCCUCCAAUGGAGAUAGAUGACCCAAUGGCAGAGAGGCUGAAGCCAGCCCAGACAAGAAUUGUCCCACUUACAAAGGAUGAAGAAAGACGCCUGGCCCGCAGUGACAAGCACAUUAAAGACAAGAAGCUUAGAGGAAGAAGAGAUGACCGAGACAGAGUACACCUUACUGAAAGGCCCAUGCAUCUGUUUAGUGGAAAGAGAACAAACGGAAAAGCACAAAGAAGAUAA